CAGUGGACAAUGACGAACCAAACACACCAAACAGCAUUGUUCGGUAUCGCAUCGCUCAAACGCCUCCAGGCCUCGAGAGUAACUUUACCAUCAACAGCACUUCCGGGGAAAUAACUCUGGUGCGACCACUCGACUACGAACGUCUGGAUCCGUCCAUGAAAGGGAAAAUUACUCUAAAUAUCUCUGCCUACGACGGCGGAACACCGCAGAAAUCGUCUGUAAUAUCUGUCCAAAUUACCGUAGAGGAUGUCAACGAUUAUGCCCCUGUGUUCAGUCCAGCCUUUUAUGCCGUGCAGAUUAUGGAAAACUCUGCUGAAGACACCCACGUUGUCACAGUCACUGCCACGGAUGGCGAUGGCACCAGCCCCAACAACAACUCCUUCUACCGCAUCGACAGCGGCGCGCUGGACAAGUUCAGAAUCGACUUCGAGACUGGAGAGAUCGUCGUGGAGACUGGAGCGAGACUGGACAGGGAGGAAAAAGUCAGUACACUCUCCGGUGUCAGCCACGGACAGGGGCAACCGCCCUCUCACUGGCUACUGCAACGUCACCAUCACCCUGGGUAACGUCAACGACGAGAUGCCACAGUUUAGCGAGGCUGUCAGAAGUACGACUGUCCGCGAGAACCUGGCUGUGGGCAGCAGCGUGCUCACCUACACCGCCACCGACAGCGACGACGACAGCAGUCUCCGCUACAGCUGUCUGCGCAAUCUGACGUUGGCGUACGAUGAACGAGGGAGAAAGAUCGACGCUGCAGCUAAGGGUGUUGAUAGAUACUUUGACAUCAACUCCACCAGCGGCAUUGUCUACGUUGCGUCAGUGCUGGACAGAGAAACCGCAGAACGUAUUGUUGUCACCAUCUUGGUGGAAGACACCAAAGCAGUCCAACCACCACAGCAGUCUGCGACAGCCAUCUUGACCAUAACCCUGUCAGACUACAACGACAACGCCCCGACCUUUAUCCCAAGUAGUCAGUACAGGGCGAACGUUUCCGAGGGCUUAGCUCUGGACUCUGCUAUCCUGCGUGUGGAGGCCACGGAUGCAGAUCGAGGUCAAGAAAUCAGAUUUGAACUAGCUAGUGCCAGCCAAGAUACACUCGGCGUGAACUCUUUCAACAUUGAUUCCUCGACAGGAGUAGUAACGCUGAAGCAAAAGCUGGACUUUGAAGUAAAAACCAGCUUCACAUUCCUCAUUGUUGCCAAAGACAACGGGUCUCCUCAGCUGUCAUCCAGCGCCACUGUCUGCUCAGAGUGCUAGACGAAAACGAUAACAUACCCGAGUUUCUCUCCUACCCGUCCGUGUUCACGGUGGCGGAGAACGUGAGUGUGGGGUACAUCGUAUACAACAUGACUGCCUUGGACAGAGACUCGGGUGUGUACGGUCAGGUGGUGUACA